AAACAAUGUUGAUGAUUUGAGAACCCUGUUCUGCUGGAAUGAAUUUGAAUCUAAUCUCGGAUACAUUGGAAGACAACAGGAUUAAGACAACGGUUCAGAAUUUUGAGAAGAUGUCUACCCCGCCAUCCUUUACUGUUUCUCCAGAACUUCAGGAGCUUCUGCUAGACUUUACAGUCCACUACCUCGUGUCUCAGCCACCGGACUUGUUGGACUUCGCCGUGGAGUACUUCAGUGGUCUCCAGCAGAGGAGGGACGGAGCUAAGGGGAACUCAGAGGAUGAGGAUAUGGAUAGUGAAGAAGAGGAGGAUAUGGAAGAACCAGUAUACAACGCUACCCGGAGAAAAUCUGUAUUUGCCGAGGCUUACAAUCCAGAAGAUGACGAGGGGACAGAGGAAUCUAAGGUGGUUCACCCUAAAACAGAUGAUCAAAGAUUGAGAUUGGCGGAAGCUGUAAAGGACUGUCUUCUGUUCAGAUCUCUUGAUAUGGAUCAGCUGAAUGAGAUUUUAGACGCCAUGUUUGAAAGGAAAGCUGUGCCCGGAGAAACUAUUAUUACUCAGGGAGCAGAUGGGGAUAAUUUCUACGUAGUGGAGAGCGGACUCUACGGAGUUUAUGUUAAGACAGACGCUGGUCCUAAGAAGGUGAUGACGUAUGAGGGGAAGGGAAGUUUUGGAGAGCUUGCACUACUGUACAACAUGCCUAGAGCUGCAACUGUACAGAUUCAGGGUGAUCCCGCCAACGGAAUGUACUUUGUCGAAAAUGGUACUGUUUCUGUACUCAAGAAAAAUAAUACAACAGAUGAAGAACUUGAGGUGAACCAAGUGAAGGAAGGAGGAUAUUUUGGUGAGAUUGGACUUAUAACUCAUCAACCCAGAGCUACUUCCAUCCUUGCAGUAGGAGAUGUCAGAGUAGCAUUUCUGGACGUGUCAGCUUUUGAACGAUUGCUGGGUCCCUGUAUGGAUAUUAUGAAGAGUAGGAUGCCAGAGUACGAGGAACAGCUUGCUAUUGCAUUUGGUUCAAAGGUUAAAAUAUAAAAAUAAGCAGCUUCUCCUCCCCAACCCCUCCCACUCCCCCUCGUGUUAACUGCCCAGUCAGAUGCCAACCUAGUCAACCACAUCCACAUCACCAUCUACUCGUCGAACUCGUCCAAACAGGAGAUUAUUCUUAAUCUCAAUGCAAAUCCAGGAAACUCAAGUUUACUCUGUGCAGUGUACACUCAACAGAAAAAAAAUUGCAGAUUUUCAGAUAUAUCACAUUUAGCGGAUUCUAUUGCAAGGGUAGCAAACUAUUCAUUAUCCAAUACAUUAUGAGUAUUUGUAAACAAUGAAUUUCAUAAACAAACAAACAUCUAGUUGUUGCUUUAGUGAGACAGAGGUGAAACAAAAAUGCAAAAAUUUCUAGUUUUAAAUUUUUAAAGAAUCUUACAUUUAGAGGGUUGGAUAGGUCAUUGUGAGACUUAAUCAACCAAUUUAUGGUUGUUUUAAGAUGGUGUGGUAUUAUUUGAAAAUGUAAGAGUAGACAAGACCAUUGGAGAUUGAAAAAAAA